AUGGGAAAUGUCAAAUUGAACAUAAAUGAGAGCAGUCUCAGGAAUCCUAGCAUGAGUGGUGGAGGAGGAAUUAUCACGGAUGUGAAUGGAGAGCUUGUAGCUGCGUUCUAUAGACAAUAUAGGAUUCGGUCCAACUCAGAAGCAGAAGCAUUCGCUUUAGUAAAUGGUCUGAACCUUUGCAAGCAACUUCAUCCGUAUGAGGUGGAAGUGAAAUCUGAUUCAAAGUUGAUUUGUUCAAGGUGGCAAAAUGAUUCUGAGGUUAUUAGUCCAAUGAGGGACGCAUGGGAUCAAGGUAAGUCCUUUGCUACCCAAAUGGUUAUUCAUGUACAUCAUGCAUACAGUGAAGUUAAUCAGGUAGUGGAUGGACUAGCAAAAAUUGGAGCUCAGGAGCAACCGAUCGAUCUCUUGGAAAUUCAAGACCUUCCUUGUGAAGUCAAGGGACUGUUGAGACUUGGCAAGUUGGGCCUACCUUAUUUACAUUGUAGAUGA